CACUGUCUAGACCUGCGGGAGCUUCCUGUCCCUCAGUAGAAUUCAAGGGUGUAAAGAAGAGGAAGGGGGAAAAAAUCUUGUACCAGCCCAGGGGUGAAGAAGCCCCCGGCCUGAGAAAGAAGGAAGGAGUGGGGGAGGCCAACAGUCUCCUCGCUGCCUCUGUAGACGCUGAGGGGGGAGGAACUGUCUUUCUUAGAGGAAGCACACUGUCUUUUAUUCACAUAAAUAUAUGAAUAUAUUUCUGACAUUGGGGUGAUCCAGAAGAUGAUAAAGAAAUGAUAGCAGCUCCAGAAAUACCAACUGAUUUUAAUCUACUGCAGGAGUCAGAAACACAUUUUUCUUCUGACACAGAUUUUGAAGACAUUGAAGGAAAAAAUCAGAAGCAAGGCAAAGGCAAAACUUGUAAAAAAGGCAAGAAGGGUCCAGCAGAGAAGGGUAAAAGUGGAAAUGGAGGAGGAAAACCUCCUUCUGGUCCAAACCGAAUGAAUGGUCAUCAUCAGCAGAAUGGAGUUGAAAACAUGAUGUUGUUUGAAGUUGUAAAAAUGGGCAAGAGUGCUAUGCAGUCGGUGGUAGAUGAUUGGAUAGAAUCAUACAAGCAUGACCGAGAUAUAGCACUUCUUGACCUUAUCAACUUUUUUAUUCAGUGUUCAGGCUGCAAAGGAGUCGUCACAGCAGAGAUGUUUAGACAUAUGCAGAACUCUGAGAUAAUUCGAAAAAUGACAGAAGAAUUCGACGAGGAUAGUGGGGAUUACCCACUAACCAUGGCUGGUCCUCAGUGGAAGAAGUUCAAGUCCAGCUUCUGUGAGUUCAUUGGUGUAUUAGUACGGCAAUGUCAAUAUAGUAUCAUAUAUGAUGAGUACAUGAUGGACACUGUCAUUUCACUUCUUACUGGAUUGUCUGACUCCCAAGUCAGAGCAUUUCGACAUACAAGCACCCUGGCAGCUAUGAAGUUGAUGACUGCUUUGGUAAAUGUGGCACUGAAUCUUAGCAUUAAUAUGGAUAACACACAAAGACAGUACGAGGCAGAACGGAAUAAAAUGAUUGGAAAACGAGCCAACGAAAGGCUAGAACUCCUGUUACAAAAGCGUAAAGAGCUUCAGGAAAAUCAAGAUGAAAUAGAAAAUAUGAUGAAUGCAAUAUUUAAAGGAGUGUUUGUACAUAGAUACAGGGAUGCAAUAGCUGAAAUCAGAGCUAUAUGCAUUGAAGAGAUUGGCAUUUGGAUGAAGAUGUAUAGUGAUGCCUUCCUUAAUGACAGCUAUUUAAAAUAUGUUGGUUGGACUAUGCAUGAUAAGCAAGGUGAGGUAAGACUCAAGUGUCUUACUGCUUUACAAGGGCUUUACUAUAACAAAGAGCUUAACUCCAAACUGGAACUGUUUACCAGUCGGUUCAAGGAUAGAAUUGUGUCUAUGACCCUUGACAAAGAAUAUGAUGUUGCAGUACAAGCAAUAAAGUUACUCACUCUUGUUUUACAGAGUAGUGAAGAAGUUCUAACUGCAGAAGACUGUGAAAAUGUCUAUCAUCUGGUUUAUUCAGCUCACCGGCCAGUAGCAGUUGCAGCUGGAGAAUUUCUCUACAAAAAGCUCUUCAGCCGUAGAGAUCCAGAAGAGGACGGAAUAAUGAAAAGAAGGGGAAGACAAGGUCCAAAUGCCAAUCUUGUCAAGACUUUGGUGUUUUUCUUCUUGGAAAGUGAGUUACAUGAACAUGCAGCAUACCUUGUGGAUAGCAUGUGGGAUUGUGCUUCAAUGGCUACUGAAGACUGGGAAUGUGUGAAUGGCUUGUUAUUAGAGUGGCCUCUGAGUGGAGAGGAAUGUAUUACAGAUGGUUACAAGAGUGCUUUGAUUGAAAUAAUGCUUUGUACUAUUAGAGCAGCUGAAUGUCAUUAACCUGGGAGAAGAGGACAGGAAAAAGGGCACGUGCUAACAGCAAAGGAGAAGAAGACACAGCUGGAUGACAGAACAAGAAUCACCGAGCUGUUUGCUGUGGCCCUUCCACAAUUAUUAGCAAAAUACUCUGUAGAUGCAGAAAAGGUGACCAAUUUGUUGCAGUUACCUCAAUACUUUGACUUGGAGAUCUACACCACUGGACGAUUGGAAAAGCACUUGGAUGCCUUAUUGCGUCAGAUCCGAAAUAUUGUAGAGAAGCACACAGACACAGAUGUUUUGGAAGCAUGUUCUAAAACUUACCAUGCAUUAUGUAAUGAAGAGUUCACGAUCUUCAACAGAGUAGAUAUUUCAAGAAGUCAGCUGAUAGAUGAACUGGCAGAUAAAUUUAACCGGCUUCUGGAAGAUUUUCUGCAAGAGGGAGAAGAACCUGACGAAGAUGAUGCAUAUCAGGUAUUGUCUACAUUGAAGAGGAUCACUGCUUUUCAUAAUGCCCAUGAUCUUUCAAAGUGGGAUUUGUUUGCUUGUAAUUACAAACUCUUGAAAACCGGAAUUGAAAAUGGAGAUAUGCCUGAGCAGAUUGUUAUUCACGCACUGCAGUGUGCUCACUAUGUAAUCCUUUGGCAGCUUGCUAAGAUCACUGAAAGCACUUCUACAAAGGAGGACUUGCUGCGUUUAAAGAAACAGAUGAGGGUAUUUUGCCAGAUAUGUCAACAUUACUUAACCAACGUGAAUACUACUGUUAAGGAACAGGCCUUCACUAUUCUGUGUGAUAUUUUGAUGAUCUUCAGUCACCAGAUUAUGUCUGGAGGGCGUGACAUGUUAGAGCCAUUAGUUUAUACUCCUGAUUCUUCAUUGCAGUCUGAGUUGCUCAGCUUUAUUUUGGAUCAUGUCUUCAUUGAACAGGAUGAUGAUAGUAAUAGUGCAGAUGGUCAGCAGGAGGAUGAAGCCAGUAAAAUUGAAGCUUUGCAUAAGAGGAGAAAUUUACUUGCAGCAUUUUGUAAGCUAAUUGUAUAUACAGUGGUGGAGAUGAACACAGCUGCAGAUAUCUUCAAGCAGUAUAUGAAGUAUUAUAACGAUUAUGGCGAUAUCAUCAAAGAAACAAUGAGUAAAACAAGGCAGAUUGACAAAAUUCAGUGUGCCAAGACUCUUAUUCUCAGUUUGCAGCAGCUUUUUAAUGAGAUGAUACAAGAGAAUGGCUAUAACUUUGAUAGAUCAUCCUCAACAUUUAGCGGCAUAAAAGAACUUGCUCGACGUUUUGCUUUAACUUUUGGACUUGAUCAAUUGAAAACCAGAGAAGCCAUUGCCAUGCUGCACAAAGAUGGCAUAGAAUUUGCUUUUAAGGAGCCUAAUCCACAAGGGGAGAGCCAUCCACCUUUAAAUUUGGCAUUUCUUGAUAUUCUCAGUGAAUUUUCUUCUAAACUGCUCCGACAAGAUAAAAGAACAGUGUAUGUUUAUUUGGAAAAGUUCAUGACCUUUCAGAUGUCACUCCGAAGAGAAGAUGUAUGGCUUCCUCUGAUGUCUUACCGAAAUUCUUUGCUAGCUGGUGGUGAUGAUGACACCAUGUCAGUCAUUAGUGGAAUGAGCAGUCGGGGAUCAACUGUACGGAGUAAAAAAUCAAAACCAUCUACAGGAAAACGGAAAGUGCUUGAAGGCAUGCAACUAGCACUCCCUGAAGAAAGCAGUAGCAGUGACAGUAUGUGGUUGAGCAGAGAGCAGACACUGCACACCCCUGUUAUGAUGCAGACACCGCAGCUCACCUCCACUAUUAUGAGAGAACCGAAAAGGUUACGGCCUGAAGAUAGCUUCAUGAGUGUCUAUCCGAUGCAGACAGAACACCAUCAAACUCCUCUGGAUUACAAUCAGCGUGGUACAAGCAUAAUGGAGGAUGACGAAGAGCCGAUUGUUGAAGAUGUUAUGAUGUCCUCAGAAGGAAGGAUUGAGGAUCUUAAUGAGGGAAUGGACUUUGACACCAUGGAUAUAGACCUGCCACCAUCAAAGAAUAGAAGAGAGAGAACAGAACUGAAGCCUGAUUUCUUUGAUCCUGCUUCAAUUAUGGAUGAAUCAGUUCUUGGCGUGUCAAUGUUUUAAUACCAGUACACAUUAAAUCUGUGAUGAAGUCAUUUUCUAAGUGGAAGAGGAAAUUUUAAAAUAACGUGUGGUAGAUACAGUGAAAUUCUGUACAGAUUUUUCUCUAAGGAGAAUAUAACAUGCUUAUGCUUACCAAGAUGAAGUGCAUUGAGGGGCAGUUUUGUUUGCCUGAAAAAAUAAAGGACAAGUAAACAAUUUGAUGAUAAGCUACAGUUUUUCUUAGAAAGUAAAUAUUUUAUUUAUGCGCUGUUAGUUGGCUUUUAAAGGAAUUAUUUCAUGCUUUUUUAAAAAAAUAUAAUAAUCUGAAGAAGUAUUUGGUACAGAUAAGAAUCUUCUCACAUUUAUUUACUGGUUGUACUAAAUAAUGAUGACCUCUGCUGGAUUUCUGUUUACAUCCACGAAACAAAAGUUAAGGAUGGAUUUAUUCCCUGACCCUGAAAUUGUAGGAUAGAAUUGUUUUUAGCAUUCUAAAUUUAAAUGCUUAAAACAUCAAUCAACAAACCUUUGUUUUAAAUGUUGUAAUUGUGGAAAAAAGUUAAACUUAUAAGCAGAACUUUUACAAUUUUUUCAUCUAAAAUGUAUUUUAAGAUAUUUUUAAAAUCCAAGAGCUUCUGUAUACUUUUCAGAAAUAUCCAGAUGCAGUGAACUGCCAGAAGGUAACCAGUCUCGAACAUGCUUAUCCCAUAGCAGCCCUGAAAGUUUGCUUGUCCUUUAAGAUAAAAAUGUAACGUUGUGAUAUUCCUUACAGUAGUGCCACUGUAUUUUGUCUCCAAAUAAAAAGCUUAUUGUAGUAUGUUUGCAGAAAAUUUAAACAAAAAUUAUACAGCUUAUUAGAGUGUGGGAAUAGGGAUCUAAAUUUUAAAUAAAAUUAUAUAUAUAUAUAAAUUGGUGCUGAUUUUAUAAUUGCGCAGUUUGUUUAGUUUUUUCUUACUUUUAAAUUCCAACUUAAAAUUAUGAGGUUUCAGAAAUAUAUUGAAAGUUUAACAAUGUUUAAAAAUAGAAAAGCAUGACUGUUCAUGCUUUAAAAUGAUUUUUAAAUUUGUAUUUUAUAUUGUUUUAUCUAUCUGUCUUUGCAAGCAGUCUUCAGGUUAAAGAUACUUCUAACAGGUUACAGUACAUUUCCUCUGUAUGUAAAUUAGAUGGGAUAAUAGAAUUCAUAACCCAUAAUAUUCUUUGAAAGCUAAGCUUUAAACUUCAUUUUAUGUCCUUUCACAAGUGAAUUAGUUUAAAACAGAAAGUGGCCACUUGCCAUUUUGACAUCAACUCAUUUUGCGAGGCUUAGGCAGCUAGACAUCGUUUAAAACAAAAUAUUAACUUAUAUUACAUGUAUAUCUAUCUUUUGUCAGUCGUCUCUCAGUUCUUGAGGUAUAUUAUUUUAAUCAUUCCAUGCCUUAAUAUGCUUGCAAUACAAGAAUAUCUUCAGAUGUGUGAAUACCAAAAGGUUUCUGGUUUUUCAAGUCAGGAAAUCAACAAGCAUUGGGCUGUGGUAGCCAAAAAACCAUAGGUUAAAUGAAAGACCACAAAAUACAUUUAUUUUAUUAAUUCAUGGUUAACAAAUAAAACCAGACCUGUCUAACAUACUUUCCAUCAACAAACAUUGUUAUGUGCAAACGUAUUGCAUAUGUUCUUCUAUACACCACUGCAUUUCCUACAACUGCUGAGAGGACUGUAUAUAUGAUUUGAAACCUAAGUUGAUUUUUUUCUCACUCUUGAAAGGAGUAUUUCUUUGUGAAAGCAGUUCUUCCAGCUUUGUUUUGAACCAGCUAAAAUGUUUUCUCUAUUACUCUAACCUGUUGUCCUCCACAUUCUAUUGUCCUAAUUGUACUGUUUGCUGAUUUGUAUUUAUGUCUUGAGACAGUAACUUUUUGAAUAAAAAUAAACCUACAGUA